AAUUGAUAAGCGCUCUUUACUAACUUAGCCAUUGUACUAUAAAUACAGAGGACUUGUACACAAUUUUGACUCAUAUUUGAAAAAAAAUGAUUUUGGCAAUUCUAUUAUUGGUUGUUCCUUUGCUGGAAGUUGCUGCUGGAUCUUCAAAGUUUAAAACUUUCAAAAUUCGAGGAAUGUUAACGUGCCGUGGGGAUCCAAUAAAAGGGAAUAUUAUAAUGGUUGAUGAUAAUUGGUCCUUCACGGAUCAUCUUCUCAGUGAACGAAAAGUCACUGAAGACGGUAAAUUCAGUUUGGCGGGGGAGCCGGACGAUGAUUGUCUCAACGUGAAGCUCAUUGUUCAGCACAGAUGCCAUGAUAUGAAAACUGGAAGAAGUGAUUCAAGAAUUAAAGGAUUUUCUGAAUUUUCAAUUCAUUUGGAGGAUCUUAUCAGAAGCAAUUAUGAUCUAGAAAUGAAUAUUGAGUUGGUGGGAAACAGUGUUCGUAUGUCAUCUCCUGUUAUUCCGGCUUAUAAGGCUUGGCUUUAUGGAAAACGAAUGUUCCUGGACACGAUCGAACGCUUCCGGAAUCUUAAAAUAUGGAGCAAUGUAUAAUUUUUUGUUUUCUUGUUCACAUACACAUAUUCUUGUUCUUACGGGUGUUUCUAUUGAGAAUGUAUAAAUAAAAUGUAGAUUUUUUAUAAAAAAUUUGUAUUUAUUUAGUUGAUUCUGAAAAUAAAAACUCAACGACAAAU